GUGGAGAGGGAGUGGCGGUGGAAUUGUGGGAUGGUAAUGGAGGGCGCGUGAUUUUGAAGCUCACAGGAUGCUUUCACAAAAUUCAGAUUUACAACCAUUGAACGACACUUCUACUGCCGGCCUUGACUCGUCCAUUGAGGUGACAAGUUCAGAGCUGCUGGCACCGUGUAGCAUCGGCGACUCGGAAGAGCUAGCGCAGGUCGUGGCUGUCACCACAGCAGCCCCUCCUGCCACCAGGGCAUCUGGGAGUUCGGUACCAGCACUGUCUGAUGCCCGCAUUGUUCGCUUCAACAACAGGGUGGAGAAAAUCCAGGACGAACUCAAUGCCCUCAAGGCUGGUGGUGCCCUGGCAAGGGCAGCCACCCCCAUUGUGAUAAGGGCAGAACUCACAAGCCCACAGAAAGUGGCUGCCCAGACAGGAACCAUGACACAGACGCCAGCAGUGGCUGCCAGGCAGCAAGUAGUUGUGGUGCAGAAGCCGCCCGCUGGCAACAACGUGCUGCCUUCACCCAAGAAAGUGGCAGACGUGCGCGUCAUCCAUCCACCCGGGGUGGUGUCAGCGGCAGCACGCAAGGUGGUGACCCCCACUACCAGCACCACAGCGGGAGGACAGGUGAUCACCAAGGUGAUAAUCAAUCCCUCUGCGGGAGGCCAGUUCGUCAGCACGACACCAGGCACAGCUGUGCAGCUUGUGGGCACCGGAGCAGGUGGCCAGCCAACUCUCCUUCUCUCUAGCCCCACUCGCCAAGGAAUGGGUACUAUAAAAGCUGGACAGCAAAUCAUCAGGGUGGCGACUCCUGCUGGUGCUUCACCCACAAAGAGCAUGUACGUUGUGUCUCCCGUCAAGACUGGUGGAAAAGUGACAAUGAUCCCUGUGUCCAUGGCAAAGUCUCCGCAACGGAUUGCUCCUGCUCCAUCAGGUGCAGUUGGCACGCUAGCUGGCUCACACAGGGUAGUAUUGGUGACAGCAGCUGCGACAGCAAACACGCCAGCCAGUAGCACCACAACAAAGGCACCAUCGGGUAGUGCAGUCCAAGUGCCUAAGAUGAAUGUCCUCCUAAAGCCAGCCACUACCCAGGUUCUGGCAGCUGUAACACAAAGUCAGGGCGCCACUGCAGUCACAACGAUGACGGGAACCUCUGCUACAGGGGCUGCCAUUCAGGUGCCAGGGAGUAAAUUUCACUACGUCCGUCUUGUCAGUGCGCCCACAGCCGCUCAGGGUGGCACUACAGUAGCAGCGGGCGGCAAGGUGUCGACACUGAUACCCGUCACCACUGCGCGUGCUCUCGCACCGGCGGUGCCUUCAACAUCCGUCGCAUCGGUAGCAGGUACAACACAAGCAUCUACUGCCACUCAAGUACGUGUUGCUGUUCCAAUUGCUCCGGCUUCAUCGACGCAACAGGUAUCUGGCACCACAACUACGACCACAGCCGCAGCAACGCAACGUGUGAUCAUACCGGCAUCAGGCGUAACAACAAUGUCGCAAGUGCGCACAGCUACUUCUCUGAGUGCUCUAACAGCUGGUACGGUGCUUUCAACUGGAACAGGGGGUAUGCAGAGUGCUUUUGUGGUUGUACCUGCCCAGUAUGUGGCCCAGUUUCAAGGAGGCACUCAAGCAGCUGCAGCUGGUACGACAAGCAAUAUUGCAACACGUGUAGUACUGCAGCCUACGUCCAAUAUACUGGGGGCUACAACAGGGUCAGCAACCAGUGUUAGUACAGGAGGGACCAGCAAUUUUGUGCCCAUUGCUGCUGCUGUUCCCCACACUUCAACAGCGUCCAUCACAGUGUCUUCUCAGCAUACCGAAAGUACACAGCAUCAUCAGCAUCACCAGACUCAGCACCGAGGGCAGCAAGUCAAUGGCACGUCAGGUGAAGACAAUUCCAGACCUAGGAAACCCUGCAACUGCACCAAGUCACAGUGCCUCAAGCUAUAUUGCGACUGCUUUGCAAAUGGAGAGUUCUGCAACAGUUGCAAUUGUAGCAACUGCUUCAACAACUUGGAGCACGAGGAAGAACGGCAGAAAGCCAUCUCGGCAUGCUUAGACAGGAAUCCAAAUGCGUUUCGGCCAAAGAUUGGGAAAGGUAAAGAAGGUGAUCAUGAAAGGCGCCACACGAAAGGGUGCAACUGCAAAAAGUCUGGCUGCCUAAAAAAUUACUGUGAAUGUUAUGAGGCUAAAAUUCUGUGCACGAGUAUAUGCAAGUGUGUCGGCUGCAAAAAUUUUGAGGAUAGUUCGGAGCGCAAGACACUCAUGCAGUUGGCAGAUGCAGCUGAAGUGCGGGUGCAACAACAGGCAGCCGCAAGAACAAAGAUCUCGGCACAUGACCUUCCCAUGAGGCCACCUGCCAUCUCUGACACUGGGGAGAGGCUUCCAUUUACAUUUAUCACAUCCGAAGUCGUGGAAGCAACGUGUCAGUGCCUCCUAGUUCAGCUGGAAGAAGGCAGCAAAGCUGGUUUGUGUAACACAGACGUUGAACGCUCAGUCCUCGAGGAGUUUGGAAGGUGCUUGCUUACAAUCAUCGACUCUGCAAAUAAGACGAAAGGUACAAGAGUCAGUGAUUGACCGAGGAAAAGCCAGUUCAGCUGUGGUGUUGUGAAGUGCCAGUACUGUACAAAAAAAUGUACAGCAUACCUGCUUUGUAAGUUAUUGCUAGUCAAGAACAUAGGCGCAGGGGCCUUGGACCUCAGUGCUGUCCCAUCGUAUAUAUAUACAUAUAUAUAUAUAUAUAUCCCGUUUUGGAUCAGUUGCAAUCUGCGUGCUUCAAAACAUACACUGUCAUGAACUGUUGCAGUGAACGGGAUUCUAAAGGAGCUUAAAGGAGUGCACCCUGUAAAUACACUUGUGCACACAUAAGUUGCAAAACAAGAUGAUCAUGUGAAGAAUUGUACAUAGUUAGAUGGAAACUGCCGACGUACCGUUAAAUGGCCACUACUUGUCUUAUGUCCGUUCUGUAUCGUUUUCAGACAGUCUAAGUAACUAGGUACUUUCAAAAAAAUGAUAUGGUAUGUACUGCCUUGCAACAAGAGAAAUGUCUGACGUUGCAAUUGAGUGCAAUAAUUAGCAAGGUGGGCAGAUCCAUUUUAUAAAAUUGCGAUAAAUUGUGCUAUUUACAAGUGGAUAUCUGACAGCACUUUCAAACAUUUAAGACAUCUGCAGGGACAACUCACAGUCCAACCUUUUCCCAUUGUUCAAAGUUCUGCAUUUAUGUUAAGACAUAAUUUUGAGCAAAACUGCCCCGCAAUGUGCCGGGAAAGGAUCGGAAUAUCUCGAGUAUUGUUGGCAGAGGACUAUGAAAUUCGAAAUAAGUAAUGGAUUGUGUCAGUAUAACUACCAUCAUAUCAUCAUUUUCAUUUUAACAGAUCAUCAGUGUGUUUUAUUUGUGCAAAUGUACCAAGCUUUUAAAGUUGUCUCAGCAUGUGCAGCAUAGAUAUUGUGCUGUACUGUGUAGUAUAGAAUUCCACAUGCUGUAAUAUGUAUUUAACUCUGCAGUUGUCAUUUGUUUUAGCAUCUUAUUAAAGAAUCAUUUCCACGUCUAACUACUAUUUCAUGUUGGGUUGUUUAUAGGUUAACGCAUUACAUAGUAGAUAGCGCCCCAUAUAGAACUAUUGUAAAUCUUGAAAUGAGUUAUCAAAUGUUCAGUAAUAGUGUCAUGGGGGUAUUUUAUAUGACUAAUGAGUAAUGACAUACAAAUGAAUUAUAAUUUUGAGUGCUAGUGGUUGUGUGUUACUAAUUCCCUACGAAGUAUGGAAUUGUAUGGUCAUUUCUGAAGGAUAAAAAGCCUGUAAAUUCCUUUUUUUAUUUAUUGUCCUGUAAAAUGUAUGAAGAAUAAAGGCCUGGUAUAAUAUACA